GGUGCUUCUGCAUCAUUGGCUAGCGCCAACUGCCCUGCCAGGGCUGGAAGUGCUCGGCUCACUCGGUUAUCCACGGGGAUUGUGUGCCCCUGGACUGCUCGGCUUUCCAACGUCAUCUAGCAGGGCCAUAAGCCGCAGCAAGCCAUGGCCCCAAAACCCGCGCCGUGGUUCUCGAGAAACCCGCGCGCGGGGAACAAGUUGUGAGAUGAAUGUGAUUGUUUUGCUACAUCGACGUUGGUGAUAUUCGCUGUCUUUUUUCGAUAUGUUUUGGAGCCGCAGUUCUUGCGCGGUGCGCCAGCAAUGGCGCCUCUACAGAGGUCUACUUCGGCGGUCUGUGUCCGCGUCGUUAUCACCGCUGUCAGGGCCAAUGGUACGGGCUUUCCAUGCAGCGAGGCCUCUCUUUGCUAUCAAGCCAGUGUUGCUCGCUGAUAUUGGAGAAGGUAUCGUCGAGUGCGAGAUCAUCCAAUGGUUCGUCGAGCCAGGAGCGCGUGUUGAGGAGUUCUCGCCGCUCUGCGAGGUCCAGAGUGACAAGGCAUCCGUCGAGAUUACCAGCCGCUUUGCCGGCGUGGUCAAGAAGCUAUACUACGACGCCGGCGAAAUGGCCAAGGUCGGGAAGCCAUUUGUCGACAUUGACAUCCAGGGAGAUGCCAAGGAGGAGGAUCUGGGGGCCCUGACGCAGCCCGAGGUUCCAAAGAAUGACGCGCAGUCCAAGCCUGUUCAGGCGCCUGUGCGUCCCUCGACCGAGGAGACGGCAGCCGCGCAAGUGGCUGUCUUGACAGAGCACGAGUCGCAAAGCACACCAAAGGUGAAGGGAACGCAUGCCACGCUUGCGACGCCGGCGGUCAGACACCUGUCGAAAGAGCUCAAGGUGGAUAUUUCAGAGAUAGAUGGCACGGGCAGGGACGGACGGGUUCUGAAGGAAGACAUUUACAAGUUUGUUCAAAGGAGAGACGCAGCACCCGCACAAACGCCGUCUCCGCAAUCUACCUCUGCGGCAACCGAUACGGGCACUCUCUCUUCGCCCCAGGCGGUGGCGGCCGGGCCGCAGCAGGAAACACCAAUUCCUCUCACAAGGACGCAAGAGAUGAUGUUCAAGUCGAUGACCCGAUCGCUCAGCAUACCACACUUCCUGUAUGCCGACGAGGUAGAUUUCACCUCCCUCGUCGAGCUCCGAGGGCGACUCAACAACGUUCUGUCCAAGACCGGUAUGAGUGACGGCCAGGUCAGCAAGCUGUCGUACCUCCCGUUCAUCAUCAAGGCCGUGUCCAUGGCACUCUACAAGUACCCAAUCCUCAACGCCCGCGUCGACGUCGAAAAUGCAAACAGCGGCAAUGGCAACGGCAACGGCAAACCGAUGCUCGUCCUCCGCAGCCAACACAACAUCGGCGUGGCCAUGGACACGCCAUUGGGGCUCCUGGUGCCCGUCAUCAAGAACGUCGGCAGUCUCAACGUCCUUGGGAUAGCAGCCGAGCUGGGCAGACUACAGGGCCUGGCCGUGGCUGGGAAGCUCUCGCCGCAGGAUAUGUCCGGGGGCACCAUCACGGUCAGCAACAUUGGCAAUAUCGGGGGCACGUACCUAUCGCCGGUGGUGGUGGAGCGCGAGGUGGCGAUCCUGGGUAUCGGCCGCAUGCGCACCGUUCCGGCCUUCUCUACGGUGCCGGGCGAGGAGGAUAGGGUGGUGCGGCGGCAGGUUUGCAAUUUCAGCUGGAGUGCCGACCACAGAGUCGUGGACGGAGCGACGAUGGCCCGAGCUGCCGAGGUUGUGCGCGCGAUCGUGGAGGAGCCGGAUGUCAUGGUCAUGCACCUGCGCUGAGAGUGAGCAAAGGUCGUACCCGCAGUUGGGCACCAGCGGGAGGGGAUCAAGUGGAAGGAUCGUGGUGGUAAUACUUCCUUUUUCAAUUCAUCCGGCCGUCUUUCCCGCACUCGCUCGCU